AUGCCAGUCACAAACCCAGUUUCAGUCUCGGACUCAACCCAACCUCCCACAACAACCUUGGAAUCAACUUCAACUUCAUCAUUGACAGUCGUACCAGCAACAUGCACAGAGAACUCGGUAGCUCAGUUGUCAAACACGAUUCCACUUGUACCUCGACGAUGGCGAUCCCUGGAUUCGACUACAGGUAACAUCAACAAUGGCCGUAAUUUAGAGAAAGAGAGAUUAGAGAAGAUUGAUUUUCUUCUUCGAGAAAUCUAUUACGUAGAGCAAGAAUUGAAGGGCGCGGAAACAAGAAUAUUGAAGUUUCGAGAUGAGCUGUAUGCGUUGGAUGAAAUAGAAUGGAGUAUUCAACGUAUUGAAGAUUUAUUAAGGAAAGUAGAAUGA